AUGUUGUUGAAAGCCAAAGUGUAAGGGAGAACUUUUCAAAGACAGCAUGACUCACUGAACGGUGAGAAUAUCACAAAGUGUACAGGCAGCUGUGUUCACAAGACUGUUUUAAACUGACAGUUAACUUUUCAGUUGAAGUGUUAUGACCAGGGAAGACAGUUACAGAGAAGAAUUCAGCUAUGAUAGGAUGCCGACUUUGGAACGGGGAAAACAAGAGAAUGGAAAUUAUAUGCCAGAUACCAAAUCCAGUGACCUUCAGCUGUCAAAGAGGCUACAUCCUUGCUUUAGUUACAGAACAUGGAUCUUUUCAUUGCUGAUGGGAACUUGCCUCCUUAUUACUUCUGGAUUUUCACUAUAUCUGGGAAAUAUUUUUCCAUCUGAAAUGGAUUAUUUACGUUGCGCAGCAGGUUCAUGUAUUCCUUCAGCAGUUGUGAGCUUUGCUAUAGCCAGGAAUAAAAUUAAUGUGAUACCAAAUUUUCAGAUUCUGUUUGUUUCUACAUUUGCUGUUACAACAACAUGUUUAGUUUGGUUUGGAUGCAAACUUGUCCUCAAUCCAUCAGCUAUAAAUAUAAAUUUCAACUUGAUUCUACUUAUUUUGCUGGAAAUCUUCAUGGCAACUACUGUGAUCAUUUCAGCUAGAUCUACUGAAGACUGCUGUACGAGAAAGAAAAAUGCUGCAUAUGACAGUAGUGUCAUUUUGAGCAAUAUCAGCUUUCCUACUCGAAUUCUAAAGUCAUAUUCGGUAAUUGAGGUGAUUAUUGGAAUUUCAUCAGUAUUUGGUGGAAUAAUUGCUUUGAAUAUGGAUGUUCUAGUCUCAGGUCCAUAUCUUUCAGUAACAUUCUUUUGGAUCUUAGUUGCUUGCUUUCCAAGUGCUAUUGCAAGUCAUGUAGCUGCUGAAUAUCCAAGUAAAUGUCUGGUUGAGGUCCUGAUUGCCAUUAGCAGUGUUACCUCUCCAUUGUUGUUCACUGCUUCUGCAUACUUAUCCUUCAGUAUCAUGCAAGUUGUUGACAUCUUCAAAAAUUACCCACCUGCUGUUAAACAAUCUUAUGAUGUACUCCUAUUGCUUCUGAUGUUGAUGCUACUAAUUCAGGCAUGCCUUACUAUUGGAACUGUAAUACAGUGUGUAAAUUACAAGACAAAAAUGAAACUACAUGACUCAUCAUGGGCAGCAUCACAGGUUAAAAAGCAGGAAUACAGAACAACAGAGGUUUCCAAUAACACCUUAAAGGAUUUUGACAAAGACAAGGCCUGGAAAGCAGUUGUGGUACAGAUGGCUCAGUAGUUUGGAUUAUACAAACACAGCCAAUACAGUAAAUCAACUGUUUGAACUAAGGCAUAAAAACUGUUCAGUAUAUAAACAGCAAUAUAGAAGGAGCUGAGGAGUAACACAGUAAAUAAUGUGUCUUUCUAACACUUUUGAAGUAUACUGAUAAUAUUUUAACAUGUCUGUCUUUUCUUUUGGUGUCUCUAUUCUGGUGUUGCUACUAGAAGAAACCUUCAGAAAAAAGUUAAUGAGUCACAUGGAUUUAUGCUGAUAGCAAAGUAAAACAUGACAAUAUGUAGUAGGCUUCAUGUGUUUGCAGGAGAUUGUUGUAACUGCAGUUAUGCAGUCAGUGUAACUGAUAAAUGCUUUUGUAAAGUUAUGAGUACAAGUCAUAAUUGAUAUUUUUGCUUAUACUUCACUUUUGUAGGAGUUGUAAAGUUGGUUUGUGUCUUAUUGCUUUUAUAUAAAUAAAAGUCUUUAUUAUGUGGAAACUCAAGAAUAUGGAUUAAUAUCCUAAUUGGAGAGGUGAAACUAGAAUAUUCUUUCCCAUUAAGCUUCCAUUUCUGGGCUGUUAAAGGGGAAAGGGGCUUUUUUUUUUGAGUGUGCAGGUCAUUCUGCCCCUUUACUCUGCUCAGCUAAGACUUGGAGCAAUACAUCCAGCUCUGUUGCCCUCAACACAUGAAGAACAUGGACCUUGGUGAAGCCAUGUUGGCUGUCUUGAAUCACCUCCCUGUCUUCCAUGUGUUCCAGUGUAGCUUCCUGGAGGAUCUGUUCCAUGAUCUUCCCAGGGAUGGAGGUGAGGCUGACAGGAUGGUAGUUUCCAGGGUCCUCCUUUUCACCCUUUUAAAAACUGGCUGUAAUGUUUCCUACCAUGUAUCCAGCAGCUGCAAAGGAAGAUUUUUACAAGGUGAAUGAGCUGAUUUAACUCAAUUGUGAAAGGGAUUGUCUCCUCCAGCCUGUAUCCUUGUGCUACCUGUGAGUGGUAUCUGAUUAAACUGGCAGAAAAUGUUAUCUGUUACAAAAAUUGAAUAGUUUCAUGCUGAUUAACUAGAUUAACACACUGCAAACUUAUAGUGGUCCUCUCAAAUAAUUUCAUACCAACUGGAGGUAGAAUUGGAUUUCUGCCAGACUGGGCAUAGAUCAACAGAAGACAGUACUUGUCUUUCAUUAGUACUUCCUUUGUCCUUUACCAUCAAUUUCCCUGCCUAUAUUUUGGGUGUUAUUCCCUUUCUCAUCUUCAUUCCUUGUUUGAAAAAGUGCACUUCUACAUGGUCUGUGCCGGGAUUUACAACUUCAGACUGACCACGUUAUCAGUUGGUUUGUGUGUAGAUCACUGUCAAUUAUAGUUGGAGUUAAAUGAGUUUCUCAAAUAAAAAACUGAGUGUUUUGUGAUCUGAGUCUUGUGUUUCUGAAGAGAGACCAUGAGAUCAAAAUAAUAAAAUCUAAAUUAGUUUCAGAAACUGGAGUAGUCAGUCUUCCCUGG